CGAGACAUUUGCUAUUUGUUUUUGUAUACAUUUGGUAUGACUCCAACGUCUAGGUGUUCCUGACGUCCCUUGUCAAUCAGUUAGCGUAUAAUUGCACUGACAUGGCCGCAGGAGCUGUUAUUUCUCCGUGGCGACCAGAGAUGUUCACAGAGAAACAUUUUAAGGUCGUUUUUUGAUACAUGUUUGCGUGAUGAAUAAUGUCCUCAAAAUAGAGCAAUUUGCGUGCUUCCGACUACUACGAAUGCGCGCUCUGAGCGGAGGUUGCAGAUUAGUCAUUUACAUCACACAUGCACAUCUGUGCGUAGGCCUAUAGGCUAUGUCAUUUUACGGGGUUGCAAGUUCAUGGAUAAAAACCAACCAGCAUGUUCGUGGAUGCAGAUGGAACWUUCAACAACAGCAACAUGAAAUCUUAUGUGAUGGAGAAAGUGAAAGAGCCCGGUGCAACAAAUAUGAUUUCGGAGGCUCUCGUUGCACACUUGCUGAAGAUUGCGCAAGAGGCGUCGGAGGCAGUAUCCGCCACUUCGCAGUCUUCAACUCUGCUGAUGGAGAAUAGCACUCGGUGUGGGGAGCAAAUUCUGAACUACGACAAGGUGGAGAAGGUAUUUAUUGGAGGGAUCCUCACCAUGCUCACGCUGUUUACUAUCUGCGGGAAUUUGCUGGUGGUGAUUUCGGUGUGCUUCGUGAAAAAGUUGCGGCAGCCGUCCAACUAUCUGAUCGUGUCUCUGGCGGUUGCCGACCUUUCAAUCGCGCUGGCAGUUAUGCCGUUUGUCAGUAUAACGGACCUUAUUGGGGGGCAAUGGGUUUUUGGCCAAGUCUUCUGCAAUGUUUUUAUUGCCAUGGACGUGAUGUGCUGCACCGCAUCCAUAAUGACGUUGUGCGUAAUUAGCAUAGACAGGUACCUGGGCAUAACCAAGCCUCUGACCUACCCUGUGAGACAGAAUGGCUGUUGCAUGGCCAAGAUGGUGCUGUGCGUGUGGCUCCUGUCCGCCUCCAUCACCUUGCCCCCCCUCUUCGGCUGGGCCCAGAACGUAAACGACAACAAGGUGUGUCUGAUCAGCCAGGACUUUGGUUACACCAUCUACUCCACCUCAGUGGCGUUCUACAUCCCCGUAUCCGUCAUGCUCAUUAUGUACUACCGCAUCUACCACGCCGCCAAGCUCAGCGCCGCCAAGCACACCAUCACGGGCUURCCGCGGGUCYGGGAGGAGGAGGCGCGGGGGGAAGAGGAGGAAGCCAUGSAGGAACAGGAGGAGGAAGAYGASAYCGUGGACUGUGUGUCGGCCGCCCUGAGGCUCCACAGGGAGGUGGAGGAGUGCACGCGAUUCUCGCGCCUCAUGAGGAGCAACCGGAGGAACAUGUCCAUCUUCAAGCGGGAGCAGAAGGCAGCAGCCACCCUGGGGAUCGUGGUAGGGGCCUUCAGUGUCUGCUGGAUGCCUUUCUUCUUACUGUCCACGGCCAGACCCUUCAUCUGCAGGGCGGACUGCCCUAGCUGUGUGCCCUUGUGGGUGGAGAGYACCCUGUUGUGGCUGGGRUACGCCAACUCCCUCCUCAACCCUUUCAUCUACGCCUUCUUCAACAGGGACCUGAGGACCACCUACAGCAACCUGCUGCGCUGCCGRUACCGCAAUAUCAACCGCAAGCUGUCUGCCGUCGGGAUGCAACAAGCCCUCAAACGGGUGGAUAAGACAGACUCUGUUAUCUAAAUGGUGUUAUUGUUGUGGUGUUGUGGGAGCUGCCAUACUGAGCACUAGAGUAGACCACGUUCUCUCAAUGACAAAGUCUUAGGUCAAUGUUAUCUGCCUGCCUGGUUCCUCUACUUAAGAUCAUGCAUAUCCAGACACAGUCUAGACCUUAUUGGUCAGGUUUGAUUUAUGAAACAACUAAGAAUCUUUAUCCUUCCAUCUGAAUGUGAGUCCAUGGUCAUUGGCUUUGUGUCCGUGACGUUACGGUGCUUUUACCCUGGGCAUUUCUCAGUUGUGCUGUUGUUGCAUAAACACGAUGCCUCAGAACAAGAUGGUUUAGCUGUUGCUUGAAGGGGCAAUCUACAGCUGAUCCAUCCAUUUUUUGUUGUUGUUGUUGACUAUAUUAACAAAAGUAUGUGGACACCCCUUAAAAUUAGUGGAUUUGGC